AUGGAGGGCCGGAACGUCGAGGAGCUGCUGGCCAAGGCAGAGCAGGAGGAGGCGGAGAAGCUGCGGCUCAUCACGGUGCACAAAGAGCUGGAGCUGGAGUUCGACCUGGGCAACCUGCUGGCUUCGGACCGCAACCCCCCGACGGUGCUGCGCCAGGCUGGGCCCUCGCCGGAGGCCGAGCUGCGGGCCCUGGCGCGGGACAACACGCAGCUGCUCAUCAACCAGCUGUGGCAGGGGGCGGCCGCGGGCUUCGCCAAGCGGGUUCAGGCCAAGAAGGAACGCGUGGCUAAGAACGAGCUGAACCGGCUACGGAACCUGGCCCGAGCGCACAAGGUCCAGAUGCCCAGCUCGGCCGGCCUGCACCCUACGGGACACCAGAGUAAGGAGGAGCUGGGCCGCGCCAUGCACGUAGCCAAGGUCUCCACCGCUUCGGUGGGGCGCUUCCAGGAGAGCCUGCCCAAGGAGAAGGCACCCCGGGGCACCGGCAAGAAGAGGAAAUUUCAGCCCCUCUUUGGGGACUUUGCAGCGGAGAAAAAGAACCAGUUGGAGCUACUUCGAGUAAUGAACAGUAAGAAGCCUCAGCUGGACGUGACGAGGGCCACCAACAUGCAGAUGAGGGAGGAGGACCAAGAAGCUGCUGCCAAGAGGAGGAAAAUGGGCCAGAAGGGCAAGAGAAAAGGCGGACCCCCGGGCCAGGGAAAGAAGAGGAAAGGCAGCUUUGGAGGCCAGAAGCAUUCCAGGCCUCCUGCUUUAAGUGGCAAGAAGAAAGGAGGUAGAAAGUGUGGGGGUAGAAGGAGGAGGAAGGAGCAAAGGAAUGUGGAGGAGAAGGACAACUAA